AUGGCUACCCCUAGUGUCCUCGCUUUUGACGCUGAGGGUCGGGCCAUUGACUUUGACGUCUGGGUAGAUGACCUGCAGCUUUUCCUACAGUGCGAUAGGGCAGACGGUCUCUCCCUCUUUGACCUCACCUCUGGUGCCUCUCCUGCCCCUGCUGCUGAUGCCGACGCCACUGUUCGCUCACAGUGGGCCACACGCGAUACUGCUGCACGUCUUGCUGUGCGUCGCCACCUACCUACCUCUGAGCGUGCGCACUUUAGCCAGUACAAGAGUGCUCAGACCUUGUACGACGCUGUAGUUGCGCGCUACUCCUCCCCUGCCACUGCUGCACUGAGCCGCCUCAUGCUACCGUACCUCUUCCCUGACCUUGCUGCCUUUCCCACAGUCGCUGACCUCAUUACGCACCUCCGCACUAGUGACACUCGCUACCGCGCUGCGCUUCCUGCUGAGUUCUGCGCCAAGAACCCCCCCCCCAUGUACAUCACCCUCUACUACAUAGUCACCCGGCUCCCUGACUCCCUUCGCGUAGUCAGGGACCACUUCCUCUCAGUUUGCCCCACCACUCUCACCGUUGACCUCCUCGAGAAGGCCCUCCUAGCAGCAGAGAAGAGCAUAGUCGCUGUAGGAGCCUCUCGUGGUGACCCUCGCACCCCCGUCUUUGAGGGGUGUUCCCCCUCCCCCCUUUUGCCCUCUGUUGCCUCUGCUGCUGCGGCCGACCUCGUUGGUUUCGAGUCGGUCGGCGCUGCGUCUGCCCCGAGCGGGAGACGCCGCACCGGCAAGGGCAAGGGGGGCAAGGGUGCUGGAGGGGCUGGCGGGGGUGGCGGAGGUGGCGGUGGCGGCAGUAGAGGGGGUGGGGGUGGUGGUGGGAGUGGUGGCGGGGGUGGAGGUGUCGGUGGCGGCAGUGGAGGCGGAGGCGGCGGCGGCGGUGGCGGUGGGAGCGGAGGUGGCGGAGGUGGCGGCGGUGGAGGAGGCGGCGGCGGAGGAGGUGGAGCUGGUCGGGGUGGCGCUGCGCAGAGGGUCGGCUCCGGUGGUGGUCAGCGCCAGCAGCAGCAGCAGCGCACUCGUGACAUCCCCCUCCCUCAGCAGCUCCGUGAGUGGUACGGUGCACGCCAGCGGGGUGGGGGUACUGGUCCGUGCACCUACGUCCUACGCACCGGCGACCGCGCGGGUGAGCAGUGCGGGGCUGUCUUUGACCUUGACUUUGAUGCUAUUCUUGCUGCCAUGUAUGCUGUGACUAUUAGUGAUGAGGGUGACUGUUACCGGUGUUUUCCGCCCGACCCGGGCAUUGAGACUGCUGCUCUAGGUACUGGUGAGGCUGCUGCUCUAGGUGCUAGCGAGGCUGCUGCUCUAGGUGCUCGUGCGUCUGCUCCCUCAGGUGCUGGUGAGUCUGCUCUCUCAGGUACUGCGUCGGCUUCGGCCUCCCACACCUUCACCCUUGACUCGGGGGCUUCUCGCUCCUUCUUUCGAGACCGCACCACACUCACGCCGCUUGGCCGGCCAGUUGCAGUCUCUCUGGCAGACCCCUCUGGGGGUCCUGUCCUUGCUCACUUCUCCACUGUCCUCCCGUGUCCGGCGGCCCCCUCUGGCACCCUGUCUGGUCUUUACCUCCCCUCGUUCUCUACGAACUUGGUGAGUGGUGCUGACCUACAGGAUGCGGGGGUUCACCAGUUCACUCCUGCGAGUCAGCGGGUGACCCACUGCACGGACGCUCGGACAGGCCGACACCUGGCCACGUUUACACGUCGGCCGGGGUCGAGCCUGUACACACUGACCACUGCGUCUCCUCCAGUCACUGCGUCUGGUCAGGUAGCUGCGUCGGGUCAGGUGUUUGCUGCAGCGUCCAGGUCUGGUCCUGAGUCUGCCCCCUGUUCGUGUCGCCUCCUGUCUCACGAGACUCUCCUCUGGCACCACCGCCUUGGUCACCCCUCCCUGCUUCGUCUCCGAGGCAUGGCCUCCCGUGUCCUUGUCUCUGGUCUUCCCCGGUCCCUCCCUCCCCUUCCUCCGGGGCCUGGCCCUACCUGCAUCCCCUGUGUCGAGGGGCGGCAGCGGGCUGCCCCUCACUCCUCCCAGUUUCCUCCGACAGAGGCCCCGCUGCAGACGCUUCACAUGGACGUGUGGGGCCCGGCCCGCGUCCGUGGACAGGGUCACGAGCGCUACUUCCUGCUGGUGGUUGACGACUACUCGCGUUACACCACAGUCUUCCCCUUGCGCAGCAAGGGUGAUGUCACUGAGGUGUUGAUCGACUGGAUCCGCGCAGCUCGUCUCCAGCUCAGGCAGAGCUUCGGCUCGGACUUUCCUGUUCUGCGUCUGCACUCUGACAGAGGUGGAGAGUUCUCCUCUGGCCUUCUGCGAGCCUACUGUCGUGCACGAGGCAUCCGCCAGACCUUCACGCUUCCGGACUCUCCACAGCAAAAUGGGAUUGCUGAGCGCCGCAUUGGCAUGGUCAUGGACGUCGCCCGUACGUCUGCCCCCCAUUUUCUGUGGCCGUUUGCGGUUCGGUACGCGGCGCAUCAGAUCAACCUUCACCCCAGGGUCUCCAUGCCGGAGACCUCCCCAGCUUUGCUGUGGACGGGGAAGGUUGGCGAUGCGUCUGCGUUCCGUGUCUGGGGAUCUCGGGCGUUUGUCCGCGACUUGUCUGAGGACAAGCUGUCCCCUCGUGCUGCUCCUUGUGUCUUCCUUGGCUUCCCCCCUGACGCGCCAGGGUGGCAGUUCUACCACCCCACCUCUCGCCGUGUUCUGUCCUCCCAGGACGUCACGUUUGACGAGUCGGUCCCCUACUACCGCCUCUUCCCCUACCGCACUCCGUCCCUCCCCCCGCCACCGCUCUUCCUUGUGCCAGGUCCCCCCCCGGUAGACCCCCUCCCCCCUCAGGGUCCUGCCCCUUCAGGUGUGUCCCAGGUAGACGCAGUCGAGCCUGUCGAGGUUACUGGUGACUCUGGUGCUGCUGAGGGUGCUGAGCCUGGGGGUGCUGACUCUGGGGGUGCUGAGCGUGUGGGUGCUACGCCUGGGGGUGCUGAGCCUGAGGGUGCUACUACUGGGGGUGCUGAGCCUGGGGGUGCUGAGCCUGGGGGUGCUACUACUGGGGGUGCUGAGCCUGGGGGUGCUGAGCCUGGGGGUGCUACGCCUGGGGGUGCUGAGCCUGGGGGUGCUACGCCUGGAGGUGCUGAGCCUGAGGGAGCUGGGCCUGCUCGUGUGGCGUCUGGCGGUGCUGAGCCUGGAGGUUCACCGGGUGCUUCGUCUCGGCGGGAGCCACUCUCUCCACAGGAGCUGCGCGAGUGGUUUGCCCGGCGCUGGAGGCGUGCUGCUGGAGCUGGAGGUUCUUCGGCUGCUGGGGGUGCUGGUGCCGCGGGUCCCGGAGGUGCUCGUACUGGGAGUACUGGAGCUGCUGGGCCUGCGGGUACGACUGGAGCUGGAGCUGCUGAGGGUGUUGGCGCUGAGGCUACUGCUGUCGGUCCUGGAGGCGGUCCUGCUGGGGGUACUACUGGUGCUGCUGGAGGUACUGGAGCUGGAGGUGUUGCUGGCGCUGGUGCUGCCGCUGGGGGUACUGGUGCUGUCCCUGCUGUGUCUGGAGUCGCCGCGCGGCCUCGGCCGUACUUCGUUCCGCUCCUUCAGCAGGUUCUUGGUCUCCCGCCUUCUACUGGUCCUCCUCCUCCCUUAGAGUGUCCACAGCCUGUCCCGUCACAGUUACUAUUACAGCCGGCCUCGCCACUGCCCGCUCCUUCUCCCUACACUGGUCCUACUGGAGGUCUUGCUGAGCGUCGUGAGCCUGCGUCUCGCCCUGCGUCGCCUGUCCGUCCUGCUCGCACUAGUGGUCGUGGUUCGCGUCAGCGUCCUCCUCCUGUCCCUGGCACGCACCGGAUGUCUCUGCGUCCGUCCACUGCUCCUCUGCGUGCCCCUUUGCCUUCUCCUCCUGAGUCCUCUCUUCCUGCUCUUCCCGACCCGGAGUCGGACUCUCUUCGUGCUGCCAGUCCUACUGUCACGCGUCUCCUUGCUACUGUCGUCACUGACCCUUCCUUUGAGUCCACUGCUGCGCCUGCCCUAGUUGCUGAGCUCGUCGACUUUGCUGCUCGCUGUCGUCUAGACUACGCUGCUAGUCUUGUCGAUGAGUCUGAGUCUGUCUGUCCUCCGUCCGUCGGGGGUGAGUGUGCCCUUGGCACGGACGUCCUUGAGGACAGGCAGGAGGAGUUCCAGUGUUUGGCUGCUGCUUCACCUCAUCUCGUGUCCGUACUGCUUACCCCUGAGGGAGACCCGGAUGCACUUGACAUCCCGACUCCGCGCUCUUACACGGAGGCGAUAGAGGGUCCCUACUCCUCUCAGUGGCAGGCAGCUAUGGACACAGAGAUGGCUUCCUGGAAGUCCACAGGCACCUACGUUGACGAGGUUCCCCCGCCUGGGGCGAACAUCGUCAGUGGCAUGUGGAUUUUCAGGGUGAAGCGGCCGCCGGGUUCUCCGCAUGUCUUCAAGGCGCGUUACGUGGCUCGUGGCUUCAGUCAGCGGCAGGGAGUUGACUACUUUCAGACCUUCUCUCCCACCCCGAAGAUGACCACUCUUCGGGUACUGCUGCACAUAGCUGCUCACCGCGACUACGAGCUGCACUCUCUUGACUUCAGCACUGCUUUCUUGCAGGGCAGCCUGCACGAGGAGAUCUGGCUGCGUCGCCCACCUGGCUUCACUGGGUCUUUUCCUCCUGGCACCCAGUGGAGCCUCCGGCGGCCAGUCUACGGUCUCCGCCAGGCACCGCGUGAGUGGCACGACACACUGAGGACUACACUUGCGGCUCUUGGGUUUGCUCCCUCUACUGCUGACCCGUCGCUGUUUCUGCGCACCGACACUUCUUUGCCGCCGUUCUACAUCCUCGUGUACGUCGAAGACUUGGUCUUUGCCACAGCUGACACUGCUGGACUCGCCCACGUGAAGUCCGAGCUGCAGAAGAGACACACGUGCACAGACCUGGGUGAACUGCGCAGCUACCUUGGCUUGCAGAUCACCCAGGACAGAGCACGCCGCACCAUUACCCUGACUCAGUCACACAUGGUGCAGCAGGUCCUUCAGCGCUUCGGCUUCACGUACUCCUCGCCUCAGGCCACUCCUCUGCCUACUCGCCACUCGCUCUCAGCUCUGCCUUCGGAUGAGUCCGUAGAGUCGAGUGGCCCGUACCCAGAGCUUGUUGGCUGCCUCAUGUACCUGAUGACCUGCACACGACCUGACCUUGCAUACCCUCUUAGCAUUCUCGCACGCUAUGUUGCUCCUGGGAGACACAGACCGGAGCACAUGGCUGCAGCGAAGAGGGUGUUGCGCUACUUGUGCAGUACGUCGGGCAUGGGGCUUGUGCUUGGAGGGCAGAGUCCAGUGGUCCUCACUGGGCACGCAGACGCUUCUUGGGCUGACGACCAGGCUACGCAGCGGUCGUCACAGGGUUACACCUUCAGCCUUGGUUCCGGCUCUGUUUCGUGGCGGGCUACUCGCUCGUCUUCUGUUCUCGGCUCCAGUUGUGAGGCUGAGAUCUACGCCGGGGCCAUGGCUGCACAGGAGCUUCGCUGGCUCACCUACCUGCUGACUGACCUCGGAGAGCCGCCUCGUUCUCCUCCAGUGCUGUACGUAGACAACAAGGCCAUGCUGGCCUUGUGUCGAGAGCAGAGACUGGAGCACAGAACGAAGCACAUUGCUCUCCGCUACUUCCUUGCUCGUGAGCUACAGCAGCGUGGUCAGCUGCGGCUUGCGUACGUGGCCUCUGAGGCCAACACUGCUGAUAUCUUCACCAAGGCACUUGCGCCUUGUGAUCAUCAGCGCUUCUGUACUCAGCUGGGUCUUGUGCCUACCUUGCCUCACUUGCUCACCACUUGA